ACCUCUCAGUUCAGUCCAAAGGGAGUGAACUGGAAACUUAGGAGCACAGGUUAUUUGUCCUCAAGAGUUGGCGGGAUGUACCUCUGAAGAGAAAGGCAUGAGGUGCUGCUUUAAGAAAAGGAAGCUACUUGUUCUCUGCCCACUUGACAACAAGGGGAGGAGGGGUCCGAAUUUUAUGGUGAACUAUUGGUUCCAUGAAAUGUUUUUGUUUUGUUUUCGGUUUUUUUGUUUUAUGUUUGCCAAAUUCAAAUCAAGGCUGAAAAGAGAGGCCACUGCUAAGGAAUGGAUUUUAUAACUGCUGCCCAGUUUAAGAUUGCCGCCUCUGGCAGUUGCAACAUGCUGGUAAUCUGUUUCUGCACACACAAACUCUUAGUACCAGAUGGUUGUGGUGCUUGAUGAAGUAGAGGAAAACUCACAAGUAAUGGUGAAGCACAUGGGCUGUACAGUCAAACUUCUGGGGCUCAGUUCUUGAUUCUUCACUAACAAAAUGUAUUAACCUAGCAGGUAACAACUCUGUCUUUCUCUAAAGUACAGUCAUUAACAUUCCCAGGUUUUUGACAAUUGGAUGAAUUAACCUUUGUGAGGAAUUCAGCACAGAUCCUAACAGCUCACAGAAAGUAAUAAACACUCACUCAGUGAGCAUUAGUUGUCAGAUUGGGGUUAGAAUUUGGUUAUCGUAAUGGUAUAUGUCAUGUAACACUUGCCUGUAUGAUUUCAUUUUAGAUUCAGUGCUUAGUUUUAGAGAUAUUGAAAUGGGGCUGUACUUCUUAAAAAUAGGCUUAGUUUUGUUUGUUUUUCCCCCUAAAUGUUUCUGUGUUGUCAGUGGGUAAAGAAGCAUUUCAAAGCAGGGAAACUGCAGGAAUAGUAAGUAAAAUGAAAAUAUUAGCAUGUUAGCUACCUGGUAGGCACAGUCUGUUUAUAUCCAAGAGCUGCACUGCAGUGAAGAAUCGUUUGUGUUGACUAUUUAAAAUAUGAUGAAUGUUCAUAGUGGAAGUUUAUAGUUCUGAUUGUCACAGUGCCUAAUUUUAACCUUUCUUAUUCUAGGCUUCUGGUUACUCCCAUUCCCACCCUAUCCUUUAAUUUUAUUCUUUUGAAGAAUCUGCAUUUCAAGCUAUCAAGUUGGAGAAAGUGAUUGCAGAAAGAAGUGUUCAUUGUUCAGGUAUCUUACCUACUAGCUAUUAACAGGAAAACCAUUUGAUUUGAGGGUCUAAAAGGAAGAGAGAGAGCUUAAUUUGUAACCACAUGAAGUUUAAAAUCAAUGGGAUCAAUCUGUAUAGCUUACAAAUUUAGUUUAAAACUAGAAAACAGUAUUCAUUAAAUGGUCACAUUACUUUUGUGUUUCUUUUAUUACACGAGAGAAAAACCUAUUAAAGUAAGUUUAUAUUUUCUUAAGAUUUUGAUUAUUACCUCUAACACAACAGUAGUCAGUAAUUAGUAACAAUGUGCAUUACUUUAAAAAAAAGUCUUUAAGAUAAUGUAAAUAGAUAUGUACUUUUAAGUCUAGAGAAGUAGUAUCUACUUUUUGGCUUGUAGUUUAUUCUUCAUUGUAAAUACAUAAUGCUUAGGAUACACUAGAAUUCUCAGUCCUGGAACACUGUGUUUUCAAUAUAGCUUAUUAGAAUUGUUGCAGACCUGAAGGGAGACUUCUGAUACAUAAUACUAUCAACAUUUAAUGCAUCUAAUGGCAGUGGUUAUCAGAAAGAUAAAAGCAAUUCUAAGAUACUAUCUACUAUGAGAUAAGGUUGGUAAAUUAUAGGCCACACAGUCUGUUUUGGUACUUAAAGUUUUAUUGGAACACCCACCCAUUCUUUAAUCUGUUGUGUUAUAACUACAGAGUUGAAUAGUUGCAACAGAGCCUGUAUGACCCACAAAGCAAGCAUUUUUACUGUAUGGUCUUAAGUGUUUACCAACCCUUGCCAUGGAAGGAUUCCUAAAGAUGUUUCUAAAGAGCUCUUCUUUAAAAAUGUACAUAUGAGGGGCUGGAGAGAUGGCCCAGAGGUUAAGAGCACUGACAGCUCUUCCAGAGUUCCUAAGUUCAAUUCCCAGUACCCACAUGGUGGCUCACAACCAUCUGUAAUGAGAUCUGGUGCCCUCCGCUGUGUACAUAAUAAAUAAAUAAAUAAAUAAAUAAAUAAAUAAAUAACAUAUGAACUCAUUCUUAUUUCGUAGCCUAAUAGUUCCCAGUUAUUUUUAGUAUGUUAAUAUUCUCUGAGUGUUUUGAGAGAAAAAAAUAAUACUAGCAAUAAUUUUCUUUAUAGUUUUAAUAUAAGUUGAUUUGAAUGUAAGCUUGACUACUAAACUCAUUUCUGUAGUUUUUAUUUUUAUGUGAUAAUCUGCCUUUAAGAAAGGUGUGCCAUACCUGAGAGUACCAGAAGUCGAAUGAGAGAUCACCUGAUAAAAGAACAAGUGAUGUUCCAUCUUCAAAGUGAUGCAUAGGCAGCAUUUAUGAAUUAACUGAUGUGUUGCUAUAUAUCUUCUCUCAUCUUUGUUUCUUGUUUUACAAUUUCAAAACAUUUGUGAUACUCGGUGUUAAGUCUAAAUUAACCACAUUUUGUACCACAAACUCGUUACCCAUGGAUCUUUUGCUGAAACAAGGAAGUCUUAAACAAGAAGCAGAAUCAUUUUGUUACCAAAUUGUUUCUGAAUCAGACAGUUCAAAGUUUGGAGUAGUACAAAGUGAAGAUGAACCAUUGCAGUCUUCAGUUUCUAUAAAACCAGAAGGUGAGCUUUCCAGGGUCAAUUUCACGUCCAAUUCCAAUAAAAUAGGAACAUUUAGUAAGAAAAUAAAAAGAAGAAAAUAUGAUGAAAGUUAUUUGUCCUUUGGAUUUACUCACUUUGGAAAUCGAGAUGUACCUAAUGCUCAGUGCAUAUUAUGUAAGAAGAUUUUAUCCAAUAGCUCUUUAGCUCCUAGUAAGCUUCGAAGACAUUUAGAAACUAAACAUAUUGCAUAUAAAGACAAAGACAUCAGCUUUUUCAAGCAGUAUCUUGAUUCACCUGAAAACAAUAAACCUCCAGCACCUAAGACUGUCAAUACAGAUAAUGAAAGUGCUACAGAAGCAUCAUACAAUGUAAGUUACCACAUAGCCCUGAGUGGAGAGGCUCAUACUAUUGGAGAAUUGCUUAUCAAACCUUGUGCAAAAGAUGUAGUGAUGCGGAUGUUUGAUGAACAGUAUAGUAAAAAAAUAGAUGCGGUACAACUCUCAAACAGUACUGUGGCACGCCGAAUUAAAGAUCUAGCUGCUGACAUUGAAGAAGAGCUUGUUUGUAGACUGAAAAUUUGUGAUGGGUUUUCACUGCAACUAGAUGAAUCAGCUGAUAUUUCAGGACUUGCUGUGCUGCUUGUGUUUAUUCGUUAUAGGUUUAAUAAGUCUAUUGAGGAGGACCUACUCUUAUGUGAAUCUUUGCAGAGUAAUGCAACUGGUGAAGAAAUAUUCAACUGCAUCAACAGUUUUAUGCAGAAAUAUGAAAUUGAAUGGAAAAAAUGUGUUGAUGUUUGCAGUGAUGCUUCUAGGGCAGUGGAUGGGAAAAUUGCUGAGGCUGUCACCUUGAUAAAAUAUGUAGCUCCAAAAAGUACCAGUAGUCACUGCUUAUUAUAUCAACAUGCAUUAGCAGUUAAAAUAAUGCCUACAUCUCUAAAAAGUGUGCUAGAUCAAGCAGUACACAUUAUCAAUUACAUCAAAGCUCGACCACGUCAAUCCUGGGUACUAAAAAUUUUAUGUGAAGAAAUGGGUGCUCAGCACACAGCACUUCUUCUGAAUACAGAAGUAAGGUGGCUUUCCUGAGGUAAAGUUCUUUUAAGACUUUUUGAGCUUCGGCACGAACUGUUGGUUUUUAUGGAUUCUGCUUUUCGACUAUCUGGUUGCUUAACAAAUUCAUCUUGGCUGCUAAGACUUGCUUAUCUUGCUGACAUUUUUACUAAAUUAAAUGAGGUUAAUCUGUCAGUGCAAGGAAAGAAUAUAACAGUGUUUACAGUGUUUGAUAAAAUUUCGUCAUUGUUAAGAAAAUUGGAGUUUUGGGCCUCAUCUGUAGAAGAAGAAAACUUUGAUUGUUUUCCUACACUCGGUGACUUUUUGACUGAAAUUAAUUCUACAGUUGAUAAAGAUAUUUGUGGUGCUAUUGUGCAGCAUCUAAGGGGUUUGCACUCUACUCUUUUGAAAUAUUUUCCUAUAACAAGUGAGAAUAAUGCUUGGGUUAGAAAUCCAUUUACAGUAACUGUUAAACCAGCCUCAUUAGUAGCACAAGACUAUGAGAGCCUGAUUGAUUUAACAUCUGAUUCCCAAGUGAAACAAACUUUCAGUGAUUUUUUCAAACUUUCAGAUGAUUUUUGGAGUAGCCUAAUUCAUGAAUACCCGAACGUUGCAGGACGUGCUGUUCGUGUGCUCCUUCCUUUUGCAACAAUGCACCUGUGUGAAACAGGGUUUUCAUAUUAUGCUGCAACAAAAACCAAAUACAGGAAAAGACUUGAUGCUGCACCUCAUAUGCGGAUCCGACUUAGCAAUAUUACACCUAAUAUUAAACGAAUAUGUGGUAAAAAGACACAAAAACACUGUUCUCAUUGAAAUUGGAGGGUUUUGGAUGUCUCUUGGUAAUGUAAGAUGAAAAUAAAAGAUUGUUUACUUCA